AUGGACUUUGACAUCGACACAAUUAUUACCACGCUCUUUAGCGUUAAGAAGGAAAGGCCGGGAGUGCAGGUGAACUUGCCGGAAGAGUGGAUCCGCACUCUCUGUGGAAAAGCGCAAGAGAUCUUCAAAUCCCAGCCGAUGCUUCUGCGGCUGAAGGCUCCGAUUCAGAUAUGCGGCGACAUUCACGGUCAGUAUUACGAUCUUCUUCGUUUGUUUGAAUACGGAGACUACCCUCCAAAAGCAAAUUAUCUGUUUCUCGGAGAUUACGUGGACCGAGGCAAGCAGAGUAUUGAGUGCAUUUGCCUUCUCUUCGCCUAUAAAGUAAAAUAUCCCAACAACUUCUUCCUUCUGCGCGGAAACCACGAAACAGACAACAUCAACAAAAUCUACGGCUUCUACGACGAAUGCAAGCGUCGCUACAGCAUUCGGCUCUGGAAGGCCUUCUCCGAAUGCUUCAAAUACCUCCCCGUAUGCGCCCUCGUCGAUGACCGCAUCAUCUGCAUGCACGGUGGUCUCUCUCCCGAUUUAACAUCGCUAUCGCAGAUCGAAUCCAUCCAGCGUCCUUGCAUCGUACCAGAUCACGGACUCCUCUGCGAUCUGCUGUGGUCCGAUCCGGAGUACGAGCUUGCUUCUGGAUGGGGCCUAAACGAUCGAGGCGUGAGCUAUAUAUUCGCAGAAGACGUGGUUCACGCGUUUUUGGAGGAACAAGACUUGGAUUUGGUAUGUCGGGCACAUCAAGUGGUGGAGGACGGUUAUGAGUUUUUCGCGGACAGACACUUGGUUACCGUGUUUUCUGCACCGAAUUAUUGCGGAGAGUUCGAUAACGCGGGAGCCAUGAUGAGUGUGGAUGAGACGCUGAUGUGCUCGUUCCAAAUUUUGAAGGCAGUCUCGUCGAAGCAGCGGAUGCAAAACAAUCAAGAUUUGACGUCCGAUUCGCUGGAUGAAAUGGGAGGAGUGAAGUCGAAGAAGCAUUAUGAUAAGGAAAAGUAUUCGAGCUAGUUUGGUUAGUU